CCUAUGUAAUAAUGCGGUGACAUAAGUAGAAAGAUGGCCAAGCAUAAUCCUGACCUAAUUAUGUGCCGCAAGCAACCCGGAAUAGCCAUCGGAAGGUUGUGUGAAAAGUGUGACGGCAAGUGCGUAAUCUGCGAUUCUUUGGUGCGCCCUUGCACGCUUGUUCGGGUGUGCGAUGAGUGCAACUAUGGAUCAUUCCAGGGCCGGUGUGUUGUGUGUGGAGGGGUUGGAAUUUCUGACGCUUACUACUGCAAAGAGUGUACUCAGCUGGAAAAAGACAGAGACGGGUGUCCCAAAAUUGUGAAUUUGGGAAGUGCCAAAACCGAUCUGUUCUAUGAACGUAAAAAGUAUGGUUUCAAGAACAGAUGAUCACUUGACGAUUAAUUGGCAAUUUCACCGAUGAAGUUCGGCUUAGCUCCCCUAAAAUCAUGUUGUCGUUUUCAGUUUUCUUGGGUUUGUAAUACCUCUAAGAUGUUUUUUUUUUUGUGGAUGAACAAGCUCCUGGUAUUUCAUUAAUGUUUUACGAAGAUACAUUUAUCAUUAAAAGGAUUACGUACUAAACCAAGAGGACAUUGAUCACAUUUAAUGGAAUUCGUAGUAUUUAUUUUAUUUUA